AUGGUGUCUAUCACAGCAGUACGGGAUAAUAACGGCGCUAUCCCUCGUCUAUAUGGAUCUAAUCUGGUUGCAGUAUUUGUCGGCGGAACAAGCGGGAUAGGCGAAUCGACAGCACGCGCAUUCAUCCGCAAUACAACCGCCUCCCGUGCCUAUUUGAUUGGGCGCGACCAGGCAAGAGCAAGCCGGAUUAUCGAGGAAUUGCGGCAAAUCAAACCAGACUCGCAGGUUGAGUUUAUCAAAGCGGAUGUGUCUCUUCUGCGGGAGGUCGAUGAGGUUUGCAUGGAUAUCAAGAAGAAAGAGGAUCGAUUGAAUCUGUUGUUUUUGAGCCCGGGGACUGGGUCGAUGAAUGGGCCAGAUGAGACUAGCGAAGGACUAGACAAGAAACUAACGCUCCACUAUUAUGCCCGGAUGCGGUUCGUGGCAAAUCUCCUCCCGCAGCUUCUCAAGGCUGGCGAGGAUCAACAACAGCAACGGCCUCACCGGCUUUCGCGUGUGGUAUCGGUACUUGAAGCCGGAGGUGAAGCAGCACUUCAUUUAGACGAUCUCUCUCUCAAAACCAACUAUUCGCUCCGCAACUGCGCAAAGCAUGCGAUUACCAUGAACUCGGUUGCUAUGGAGCAUCUGGCUGCUUUGUAUCCACAAGUCUCAUUCAUUCACUCUUUUCCCGGACUCGUGCGGACACGUCUAGACCGGGACCUGGGUGGCAUUGCCAAGACUGCAUUAAGCGCCUUACUUUUGCUCGGACGGCCAUGGGAGACUGGGUUCGAGGAGAGUGGAGAGAGACACUUGUACGCAGCGACGAAAUUGCAGUUCGCGCCGCGGAUGUGUGGAGACAAGAUGGAUGCUGCUGAAGGUUCGGAUGGGAAAAUUGGAAGUGGGUUCUAUCGGCUUGAUUCCACCGGAUCAACCUAUAAACCCAGUCGGAUCAUGCAGGUUUAUCGCGAGCAAGGGAUAGGAGGGCUCAUCUGGGACCACACACUCGGUAUUUUUGAGAAAGUCCGCGGCGGGUCGAAACUUGGUGAUGAAACGAAGUAG